CCCCCACGUUUUGUCGAUUCCCAUCGUUCUCUCUCCCUUGCAACAUAGCCUGCAUAUUGAUCGUUUAUCCAAUGCAUUUUUUUCUUUUGACACUUCGAGCUCUAGCAGCAGCAGUUCUGUGCCCUCGUCAAGCAGUUCAAGUUCGUCGGCACCGCCGUCGUCGUCGAGCGUAUCCAGCUCUUCUGCACCACCCUCGUCAUCGAGCGUGUCCAGUAGCUCAAGCUCCUCUGCACCACCCUCGUCAUCGAGCGUGUCCAGUAGCUCAAGCUCCUCUGCGCCGCCCUCUUCAUCGAGCGUAUCGAGCAGUAGCUCUUCUGUUCCGCCCUCGUCAUCGAGUGUCUCCACGUCCGUGUCUUCUACGGUGGUAUCGUCAACUUUGACAACCCUGACGUCUUCACAGUCGUCAUCCACCAGCGUAGUAAGUACCUCAUUUCUGUCGUCUAGCGCAUCUUCUUCUUCGUCGUCGGAUGUCAGCAGUUCAGCAUCGUCCUCGGAAACAUCCUCAUCGAUUGUCGGCACUUCGUCAUCAUCCGUGUCACCCAGCGUGUCAUCAAGUGCGAGCAGCACAUCUGUAAGUUCUUCAUCUUCUGGGAUAACUCUCACUACUUCUCCGAGCGACUCUUCUUCCAGUGUUUCCCAAUCGUCAAGCGCGUCGCCUACUUCCAGUACAUAUACCUCGAGCGAUCUAUCGACAAGCGGGUCUUCGUCGAGCAGUUCGAGCUCAGCUUCUUCUUCUGUAUCUACUUCUAGCAGCAUCAUUCCUUCAACAUCAUCAGUAUCUACUUCUUCACGCUUCAAUGCAUGAUCGAUCAUUUCCAAACUGUUCAAUGACUAUUUUAGAGCUAUAUACGAGGAGGUUUGAGCGGAGACAUGAUAUAAAUGGAAGCAGUUCUUCAAGCACCGCAACGCCGUCGACUCUGACGACAGCGCUCUCGAGUUCAAGCUCGAUCGCCGCCUCGUCUUCAAGCUCAAGCUCCACCGUCCCAUCGUCAAGCUCAAUUUCGACCGCCCCGUCGUCAAGUUCAAUCUCGACCGCCCCGUCGCCGAGCUCAAGUUCAGCCGCCCAAUCAUCGAGCACAGUCGUGGGAACAUCCGCAAGUUCAAGCGCCGCAUCCCAAACUUCUUCGACGGCGGCGACUUCGUCCUCCAGUUCCGUGGUGCAGUCGUCCUCUUCGACAACGGUCUCUUAUUCGAGUUCGACAGAUGGAUCGAGCUCGCGCAGCUCUUCAUCCUCCAGCACAGUGGCUUCAUCAACCACUAGCGUAGUAAGUGACAUGUUUUCAUCGGAUGCAACUUCUGUUCCUUCGUCAGUCGCCGGUAGUCCAACAUCUUCCACGACAAACACAAUUUCAACGACAGAAUCCACUCCGUGGACUAGCAGCCUUUCUGGUUCAGGACCUUCGCGCACAACGCUAUCCACAAUGACAAGAACGUCCCCACAAACCACCAGUGCUACCGAUUCAAUUUGCUCGGGAAGAUACGACAGUGUCAUAACUAUUACGCAAACUGCAUCCUAUGGCUCCAUCAUAACGCGAGAGUCAUUCAUCACAAUUCCCGGUCCCACACAGACGUUGCCGGUGUCCACAAUUUACUUGACUUCCACGAUUCCUGCUUCAGAUUAUACUCGAACAGAGUACAUUACUAUCUCAGGGUCCGGCAUAACCCGGGAAAGCUACAUCACAAUUCCUCGCCCUACGCAAACGCUGCCGGCAUCCACGAUAUAUGCAACGUCCAUCAUCUCUGCUUCAGGAUAUACUCGAACGGAGUACAUCACCCUUCCUGGGUCCGAUAUAACCCGAGAGAGCUAUGUGACGAUUCCAGGUCCUACACAAACGCUACCGGCGUCCACAAUUUACUCGACUUCUACAAUAUCCGGUCCAGGCUAUACGUCAACCGAGUACAUAACACUUCAAGGUUCUUUUAUAACGCGAGAAACUUUCAUCACUACGCCUGGUCCAACUUCGACCAUUACACAAUUCCAAACCACGUACAUAACACAACAACAAACGCUGCCGGGUUCCGUUAUCUAUGUGACAACUGCAGGACCGGUAUCUACCUUGACUCUAUCGCCUAGCCCCCAACCAAUAUCGACUUUGUAUGUCACUCAGACAAGCGCAGGAUUGACCUACACAAUCACGCAACCAGGCUCCACGCUCACGGUAUCUGGCAGCCCUCAGCCUGCGUCUACCUACACUGUCACUCAGCCAGGCUCCACGCUCACAAUAUCUGGCAGCCCUCAGCCCGCGUCCACUUUGUAUAUUACUACUGCAGGACCAAUAUCUACCUACACGGUCACUCAACCAGGUUCUACCUACACCCAGCCAGGUCCAACCUCCACUAUCUAUUUGUCGGCCAGUCCUCUACCCCCUUCAACAUUAUAUGUGACCACACCGGGCCCAGUCUCCACCUACACUCAACCAGGCUCCACUUCCACUAUCUACUUGUCCACCGAAGCUUCCAUUUUAACAACCACCAUUACUGCUUCAGGCAAGAUUAUCACACAGACUGAGCCCGGAUCUGUCUAUACUUCAUAUUUGUCGAAGUUCAUAACCGUAGCCGGCCCAACCAUCACGCAGGUCAUUGAACAAUCACCUGCAGUGAUCACCAGUGCAGUGACUGUAGCUGGGCCGACCAUUACGCAGUUCCAGACUGGACCAGUCUCCUACAUCAAAUCUUUUGUUACCAGUUAUGUCACUUUGGACGCCAGCAGCGUUACCACGACUGCAUUCGCAACCGAAACAAGAACUCUUUCUUACACGGAAACGUCUACUUCUACCGUCCGGGAAGUCUCGGUUCAACCUGCAACUACUACCAUCUUUACUGGCGGCACAAAGACGGAGAUCUCGACCUCGACGAUCUCCAGGACGAUCAGUAUCCCUGGUGAAGAUCGCGUUUUCACUCAAGUUCAAUAUGUCACACGGACCGCCUCACCAUCCACGAUCUAUGUGACAGAAUUCCAAGAGUCCCCAGAGCCCACGACAGAGAUAGUGACCUCCGUCAUGACUAGCACCAUUACCGAGGACUUGCUUACCACGACAACAACCACAUCGGUAUCAUAUAAGACGGAAACCAAGCCCCCAGAAACAGAGACUACCACAGAGAGAGUGACUCUUCCACCUUCAACCACUACGAUCUACUCCACUACGACAUCAGUUGUACUCAAGGAAACAACAGGCACAAUUCGAUCCCCACCGGAAACCACGACACUGACUGAAGGCCCAGAGACCAUGUUUAUCACCAAGUCAGGACCUACUACUUACAUUACGCAGGCAUGCUCUAACUCAUUGGUGACUAUAAUAACCACAUCCACCCCAAGCCCAAUUACUGCCACACUGACUGCCAGCCCGAUUCCCACAACAUUGACUGCCAGCCCCAUCACAACCACAGUUACCCCCCGCCCCGCUACUUCCACAUUGACCGCCGAUCCAAUUACCACCACAAUAACAGCCAUUCCUAGCGUCUCUACCAGAUUCAUCACAUCUACUACACGUUUGAGUCCAAUCACGCUUGUGUCCACUACCACGGAACAAGCUGAUCCGAUAACAAAGACUACAACGCGGGUGACAACUACCACCCCUCGGACGAUUACUUCCACGAGGCUAGACACCACCACUGAGACAGAGACUGAAACCCGUCUCUCAACUCGCACGCUUUCUCGCUUCACCACCACCAGAAUCGAAACUGAUACAGAGACACGCACGCGUACAAUUACAUCCACUCGUUUGACCACCUCCGUAUCCAUUGAGCCAACCACUAUUCGCCGUACCAUUACAAGCACUUCUACUGAGGUUCAGCCAACGACCAGAACUAUUCGCAGCACUGUUAGCAGGAUAACCACGGAGACUGAAACGGAGACGGAAGUUUCUACAAGAACGAUCAGGAGUACGUUGAGAUCAACAUCGACUACUACGGCUACAAUCACGUCAACUUCCGUGUCUACUUCGAUAUCAGUGCGCCCGACGACAGUCACGUUCCGAACCACUGCGACUAUCAGGACUACGAUCACGGCUCAGCCUCAAGCGAAGCGCGCACGUCGCUGGCUCAUCUAA